AUGCCACGUGGGAAGCGGCGGAGUCGCCGUCGGCGCCGGGCCGGGAUUGCGGCCCCCCUGACGCUGGGAACGGCCCUCGCCGGGCGCCGGGAGGAGGGGAGGUCGCGGAGCCCCCGGGACCGCGCCGGGAUCGCCGAGACCCGAUGGGUGCUCGGCGCGGUGGCGCCCGGCUCGCGACUCGGCCUCCCGGGCCUAGAGGCGCUGGCGGCGGCGGCCGGGCCUAGGGGCGGCUCCCCGCCCUGGGCGGCGCCCUCGCUGCUCCAGGUGCCGGCGGCGGCCCAGCCGGCCCCGCGGAGGGACGGCAGCGACCUGCCCGCCGGCGCGCCGGCCGCCCUGGCUGUGCUGCGCCUACAGCCCGGCGCCGAAGGCUCGGCGCGGGCGGCGGCGGGGGCCGCGCCGCGCCUGCGGACCGUCUACGUGAACCCGCGCUGGCUGGAGCGGCAGGCCGCGCUCGGUGCAGCUGCGGCCGCUGCCAGCCCCUGUUCCGAGGCGGCGGCAGCGGCGGCGGCGGCGAGCGGCGCGUCUGGGGGCCCGGCGGCGGCGGCCGCGUCGGCGGGGCAGGGCGAGGCGGCGGCGGCGGCAGCGGCGGAGCCGGCGGCCACCCCCUACGUAGGGCUGCGGCGGCCGCUGGGCUACAAGCUGGCCAAGGCCACCAAGGAGCGGAUCUGGCGGGGGGAGUUCAUUGACCUCUUUUCCUUGCUCCACACAGAGCUGGCCCCCGAGUACGGCCCGCGCCCGGGGGACACGCUGGACCAGUGGGUCUCGGCCUUCUUGGUGUACGCCAGCGUGCUGUGCGAGAAGCACCCUGCGCGCUGCGGGGCCAUGUUCAAGUACCUGGACACCAUCCGGAAGCUGCAUGCCACCUACGGGGGCACCUCGUGGAUGAACUACGACGAGGACUUUAGGCGGCGGGCAGCCAAGGACCCCAACCUGCCCUGGGGUGAUGUCGACCUCGACCUGUGGAUGAAGUGGAUGGCACCCCUCAAGUCGCUCAUCCCCAGAAAGCCGCGUGCUGAGGUCGAGACGCAGGCCUCGCCGACACCACCACCACCAGCACCUGCACCCUCACAGAGCCCCAAGCAGGAGGAGAAAAGCCAGACUCCAUGAAAACAGAAGGCCAGUUGGGAUGGCAGUCAGACUAACUGGCCUGACUCCGUUGGUGUUUAAGUGGAGCUCUGGUAUACUAGUGCAUUCUUUUACCUCUGCUUCUGUUGCGUUGCAAGCUGUGCUAGAGAAGACGUAGGAAAUUCAUUUUACCCAAUCAGCAAUUGUAACAAUGGACUACAAACCUGCAGAGCAAGCCAGUUUGCUGGAAAACAGGAAUUCCUGCAGCGCAGCACUUGUCACAGACUAUCCAAAGAGGGCAAAGAUUCAGGAAGGUGAAUAAAUUGAACAUUGGUUGAAUGAGGUCAGGAGCAGUCUCCCGGAGGAGAAUCCUGCCCUAAAAUACUGCUUUGAAAGUAUAAGCCAAUUCAGUGCGCAGAUUAACCUUUCUCAUUUGAGCAAACUUGUGUGCAAUCCUGGAUCUUUGCAGAUCACAACCGGACACUUCAAAAACCUAUGUACUAUAUUUGUUAAAAAAAAGUAAUAAAUCAUAACUUGUCUUGUUA